AUCUUGCCAGUUGCCACAACAGAACCUAUCUUAAUCAGCUGAAGCUGUAUAAAUAACAAUAUUUUUCAUUCUCUAAUCUCAUUAAAAAAUGGCAUCAACCACUGUGCUAUGCUUAACCUUGCUUCUGGUACUCCUAUCCAGUGUAAUCUCAGAGCUAUGCAACCCACAAGACAAGAAAGCGUUACUCCAAAUCAAGAAAGACCUCAACAACCCUUACCUUCUAGCCUCAUGGAACCCAGACACAGAUUGUUGCGACUGGUACACUAUCGACUGCGACCUCAAAACGCACCGCAUCAUCUCUCUCACUAUCUUUGACUCCACUGCACGCAGUAAUUUCUCAGCCCAAAUCCCUCCCUCCGUGGGCCUUCUUCCAUACCUAGAGACUCUCGAGUUUCACAAACUUCCUAACCUGACAGGCCCGCUCCAGCCCGCCAUUGCCAAACUCACCAACCUCAAGAAUCUCCGUAUCAGUAACACAAACUUGUCAGGCACGAUUCCUUCCUUUCUAUCCAAACUCACAAACCUCACGUUUUUGGAUCUUUCCUUCAACAACCUCACCGGUUCAAUCCCCGGUUCACUCUCACAACUUCCCAACCUCUUCUCACUCCAAUUAGACCGUAACCAUUUAACCGGUUCGAUCCCUUCCUCGUUUGGUUCUCUUAAGUCCUUAGCUGGUAUCGACCUCUCUCAUAACAACCUCACCGGGCCCAUUCCAUCAUCGUUUGUGAACCUCAUCUCCACAACCUCACUUGACUUAUCGCGAAACAAGCUUGAAGGAGAUUAGAGCUGUCAAAUAAGCCCAAUUUUUCAAAGCCCCAAUAUUUUAGCCCCACUAAAGCCCUAUUUUACUAAGCCCUUUGUUAAUGAAAAAUUUUUUAGGCCCCAUAAUUUUAGGCCCCUUAAUUAAUGUGUUAUUUUUGGGCCCUAUUGAGGGGCCUUAUUUUGUUUCAAAAAUUUCAUUUCUAGUUCCAAUAUGGAUUAUUAAUCUUGUAAACAAAGAUAUCUAUAACUAUAUAUAUGCCUACUUUUAUUCCAA